AUGUCUCAUCAUGAAAAUAUAAUAAAAGGUGAAAAUGAGUCUUUUAAGCUCAAAAGUGCUACUCGACAUGCAGAAAUGGUCGCAAUCGAUCAGGUCCUUGACUGGUGCAAGCAACAUAACACAGAUUAUACAGAAGUGUUUGCACACUCAAUAUUGUACGUAACUGUAGAGCCUUGUAUCAUGUGUGCAGCGGCCGUGCGCUUGAUGAAAAUUCCACGGGUCGUAUAUGGCUGUCGAAAUGAACGAUUUGGAGGCUGUGGCUCAGUUUUGAGCAUCUCAUCUGAUGAUAUGGUAGACACAGGAGAACCAUUUGAAUGCAUUUCUGGCUAUCGUGCCAAAGAAGCAGUGGAACUGUUAAAAGCUUUCUACAGACAAGAAAAUCCCAAUGCACCAAAAUCAAAAGUACGGAAAAAGGACCAUCGUAGUUAG